AUGGAGGUUACGGAAGAAGAAUGGACUGUUCACGAUGUUAUUAUAGGACAGGGACAGGGUUUUAUAGACGAGAUCAAAAUUCACGAAUUAGUAGAAGAGGUUUUACCGGAUACUACAUGGACUCAAUUACAGGAGAUAUUGAAUAGUUUACUUUCAUUCGGUUUGGUGAGAAAACGACAAACCCACGAUGAAAGAUUUCUGUAUCAAGCUCGCACGAAGGAAAUAGCGAAGAAAUUACAAUACCUUGAUGAUCAAGAAUAUGAAAUAUAUGAACUUAUUGAAAAUUCGGAGCGCAAAGGCAUUGCGAAAUCGGAUAUCCAAAAGCAGACUAAGAUUGUUCAAUCGGUAGUUGAAAAUUGUUUAAAAAUAAUGCAGGAUCGAAAAUUGAUUAAAGAAGUCAAACCAAAAAACAAAAAAUUGUACAUGCUAUUUGACGUCAAACCAGCAGAUGAAUCUCUCAGUAGGUUGUUGUACACUAACGGAGAACCAGACACAGUAGUUGUGGAGGCAUUAAAAACCUUAUGUUAUAGUUUUAUUUACCACAGAAGUUUCCCUAAAGAUAUGGACACCGAUGCUAUAUUUCAACCGGGCUAUUCCGGAUAUCCUACCCUUGCAAAGGUUGUUCAGUGUGUUCAAGAAACAAAAGUUACUGAACUGGAGAUCGAAGAAGCCGACAUACGACAAAUUCUGGAAGUACUUAUUCAUGAAGGAAAAAUAGUGAAACGAUUUUCUGGUGGAUUAUCGGAUCAAAAUAACAAUGACGGACGUCAUGAUUCUCAAGUAAUCUAUAUUGCUAAAAAAUCAAGGUCAAUGAAUAAUGCCUGGACUCCAACACCUUGUGCUAAUGUACUGAAAAGUAUUUCAAAGAUGAGUGCUCAGAGGACGGCGAAAUCUCUCCAACCAAUUGCGUGUUUUUCCCUCAAUGGUUAA